ACCGAAGGGGAGACUAUGGUGGCUGAAUGGGCAUGGCUGAAAGGUUCUACAUCGUAUCAGUGCAGUCCAGUGGAGAUGCACRGGAAUACCACAGCAUCAGGAGAGCUGGGGAACCACUUGCUUUCCAAAACUCCACACCUGAGCAAGAUUUUGGCACAGCCAACWGUUCGUACCCCUGCAGUAUUUGCCAAACAUCCAGGACGUGGCCUCCUGUUGUGGGACAGAUUGAUUCACCUUCCUGACAGAAAUCAGAAAUGGAACGUAGUGGGCGUAACAGAAAAUCGUUUCUGUAGGAAAAGACACUUCAAAAAUUAUGAUAUCCAGAGGAAUGGACAGCAGCUUUCGCAAUGCCUACAUGCUUCAACUUGGACUAGUACAAUUUUACAGCCAGGCCAUACAAAAGCAAAUUUUCAAAUCAUGCCAAGUGCCCAGGAAUACCAAAAAGAAGAAAAAAGGUGUAAAGGGUAUAUACCCAGUUACUUAGACAAGGAUGAGCUAUGUGUAGUAUGUGGGGACAAAGCCACCGGAUAUCAUUAUCGCUGCAUCACUUGCGAAGGUUGCAAGGGUUUUUUUAGAAGAACCAUUCAGAAGAACCUCCAUCCAACCUAUUCCUGUAAAUAUGAAGGAAAAUGUGUGAUAGACAAAGUAACAAGAAAUCAGUGCCAGGAAUGUCGCUUCAAAAAAUGUAUCUUUGUUGGCAUGGCAACAGAUUUGGUGUUGGAUGACAGCAAGAGGUUGGCAAAGAGGAAGCUGAUAGAAGAAAAUCGAGAGAAGAGACGUCGAGAAGAGCUGCAGAAAACSAUUGGGCACAAACCAGAGCCAACGGAUGAGGAAUGGGAACUCAUCAAAAUUGUUACGGAAGCACAUGUGGCCACCAAUGCACAAGGAAGCCACUGGAAGCAGAAAAGGAAAUUUCUGCCAGAAGAUAUUGGGCAGGCACCAAUAGUUAAUGCGCCAGAAGGUGGAAAAGUGGAUUUAGAAGCCUUCAGUCAGUUUACAAAAAUUAUCACACCAGCGAUUACAAGAGUGGUGGAUUUUGCCAAAAAGUUGCCUAUGUUUUGUGAGCUGCCAUGUGAAGACCAGAUCAUCCUUCUGAAAGGCUGCUGUAUGGAGAUCAUGUCCCUCCGAGCAGCAGUUCGCUACGACCCCGAGAGUGAGACUUUAACACUAAAUGGGGAGAUGGCAGUGACAAGGGGCCAGCUGAAAAAUGGGGGUCUUGGUGUUGUGUCUGAUGCCAUUUUUGAUCUGGGCAUGUCUCUCUCUUCAUUUAACCUGGAUGACACCGAGGUUGCCCUUCUUCAGGCUGUCCUGCUCAUGUCAUCAGACCGCCCAGGCCUUGUUUGCGUCGAGAGAAUAGAAAAGUGUCAAGAGGGAUUCCUCCUGGCAUUCGAACACUACAUUAAUUACAGAAAACACCAUGUUGCACACUUUUGGCCAAAACUGCUGAUGAAAGUGACAGACCUGCGAAUGAUCGGAGCCUGCCAUGCCAGCCGCUUCCUGCACAUGAAGGUGGAGUGCCCCACAGAACUGUUCCCKCCGUUGUUCCUGGAAGUGUUUGAGGAUUAGAGACUGAAGCGGUUCUUCGUGCCCCGGUCGCACUACUGGCUGUCAUUUCAUCCUGUUGCCCAGCUCUUCUCACCUGUUUGUUCUUCUUCUUUUGUGGUCUUCUGUUUCUUGAGAUGGGGCUGGGGCUUUGUUUGGGUUUUSUUUUGGGGUUGCUGGGGGGCAGUUGUAUACACAUGGAUGAAAACAUCCCUUUAAUGCGGGUACUUGUGACUAUUGCAAUUUGUUCUUCAGUCCUUUGAUGUGAGUGCUUUGACAGCUUAACAGUGAAAAUACGAACAGACCAAUCUCAUUCACCAGCAUUUGCGUGGUCACCAGCUCACACCCAUUAUUGCCUGGAAAACAGGAAAGAAGGAUUGAAGUGGCAGAAAAAUAAAUUGGCCUUCAAGUUAAAACAGCUAUUGUUAAUUUGAUCCUGGCAAUUCUGUCUUGUAUUACCUCAUUUUGCAGGGUACAACUGACCAAUUCAAAACACAAAAAUUCUGGUCUUCAUGAUUGUUUCUACUGUAACAAUUGCCGCUAUGAUCUAGGGUCUUCAUCAUCAUCAUGAUCCCGUCAUUCUCUGAGGUUUGUUCCAGCAGAUGCAGUUUAACUGUGCCCUAUAAAUCAAGUACUUAAAAUAAUGCAGAGUGUUAGAAGGGACUGAGUCUUUUUUUUUCCCAUGUGUAUAAGGUAUUAAGAUCUUCAGUUACUAAAUUUGGACUCCAGAUAACUUCACUGGAAGGUCUGUUAGACUGAAGAGGAAAAUUUGAUCCUCUGAGGUGCUUUUCCUGAGUGUGGAAGGGUCUGCUUUCUCUGAGGUGUGUGGGMAGAGGGAGAAGGCUCUUUGUCAGAAUAGCAGGCAAUGUCUCAGAGUUAUUCAGGGAUAUGAGGACUCAAGGAAUGAGGACAAGGAGAAUGAAACUUAUCAGGUGACCUUCCGAUGGGACAGAAACCAACUGUGUUAUUAACAACACUCAAGACUGUACAGCUUUACCACAGUAAUACAAAUAGUGUUGCUCGGCAGUAAUCCUUUGUUUUAUACAUAUAUAUAUAUAUAUAAAGUUUAUAUGCACGUAUAUAUAUAAAUUUAUAUAUAUAUAAUUACAAAUCUUCAGCAGAUGUCUUAAACAUAUUUCUAUCUUCUCUCUCUCCUUCUCUAACUCCUGUGUGUGUGUGUGUGUGUGUGUGUGUGUGUGUGUGUGUGCGUGUGUGUAUGUGUGGAUCAGCUGGGUUCUUCCUCCCUGGUGUCUGUAUGUUUCAUUUGGCUAGAUGCUCUCUUGAUUCUUUUAAUUUAUUUCCACUAACUGCACUAGCAGGAACCAAACUGAGCAAUGACAAAAUGUCCUGCUGCCAAAGUCUGCAAGCCAGUUCUCACAGUCCUGGAAUGUUUGGAGGCCRGUGAUGAGGACAUUGUAGGUAGAGGUUCCUCUCUGUUAUCCAUCUCCACUCAGGGAUGUUGUCCCUGGGUUUUAUCAGCUUGGUAUUAAACCAUUCUCUGAAUUUGUAUGACACGUCAAAAGCAUCCCUCUGUUCUUCCUGGGAACCAGAGUCUUAGUUCAUAUAUUUUGCACUUCCUCAUACCCCACAUUCUUUCAUGUUGUGCAUUGAUUCGUUCCAAUUUCUUUCCCUGCUAUUUAUUUACUCAUUUGCCCAGCAAGAUGUGGACAUUGUUAGAGUGGAUGUGACUUUCAAAGCUCAUGGUGGCCCAUAUUAGGAACCCAUAUGUUAYAUGCUUAUCCCCUCAUAAAAACAGGAUACUCAGGAAAACUUAUCUUAUAGA